UGCAACCAGGGGGAGGGCCUAUGCCCCGCAUUUUGCCCAGCUCUGUUUGAGUUGCUACAGGCUCCCUCCCUCCUCCCUCUUGUUGCUAAGGACGCGCCUGGUCAGCUCCUUAUAAAUAGGGGACAUGAACAGAGUCAGAGUGUGAUAUUAGAACUCCAGUCUCCGAGACCAUAACUUAUCGGAACCAGGAGUAAAACUAACAGCAACAACAUGAGGGAGUGCAUCUCAGUCCACGUUGGUCAGGCAGGAGUGCAGAUUGGCAAUGCAUGCUGGGAGCUGUACUGCUUGGAACAUGGUAUCCAGCCAGAUGGUCAGAUGCCCAGUGACAAAACCAUUGGUGGUGGUGAUGAUUCCUUCAAUACAUUCUUCAGUGAGACUGGAGCUGGCAAACAUGUUCCUCGUGCUGUGUUUGUGGACCUGGAACCCACUGUGAUUGAUGAGGUGCGCACGGGAACCUACAGGCAGCUUUUCCACCCUGAGCAGCUUAUCACAGGCAAGGAAGAUGCUGCUAAUAACUAUGCCCGUGGGCAUUACACUAUCGGCAAGGAGGUGAUUGACUUGGUGCUGGAUAGGAUACGCAAGCUGGCGGAUCAGUGCACAGGUCUCCAGGGCUUCCUUAUCUUCCACAGCUUUGGAGGUGGCACUGGCUCAGGAUUCACUUCUUUGCUAAUGGAGCGUCUGUCUGUUGAUUAUGGCAAGAAAUCCAAGUUGGAAUUUGCCAUCUAUCCAGCUCCUCAGAUCUCCACAGCUGUGGUUGAACCAUACAACGCCAUCCUCACCACCCACACCACACUGGAGCACUCAGACUGUGCCUUUAUGGUGGACAAUGAGGCUAUUUAUGAUAUCUGCCGCAGGAACCUGGACAUUGAGCGCCCGACCUACACUAACCUAAAUCGUCUCAUUGGUCAGAUUGUCUCCUCUAUCACAGCUUCCCUCAGAUUUGAUGGUGCUCUGAAUGUAGAUCUGACUGAGUUCCAGACCAACCUGGUGCCCUACCCACGUAUUCACUUCCCUCUGGCCACCUACGCUCCUGUUAUCUCUGCAGAGAAAGCCUAUCACGAGCAGCUGUCUGUGUCUGAGAUCACCAAUGCUUGCUUUGAGCCUGCCAACCAAAUGGUGAAAUGUGACCCUCGGCAUGGUAAAUAUAUGGCAUGCUGUCUGCUGUACCGUGGUGAUGUGGUGCCCAAAGACGUCAAUGCCGCCAUUGCCACCAUCAAGACCAAGCGCACCAUCCAGUUUGUAGACUGGUGUCCAACUGGUUUCAAGGUUGGCAUCAACUACCAGCCUCCCACUGUGGUUCCAGGAGGGGACCUAGCUAAGGUGCAGCGUGCUGUGUGCAUGUUGAGCAAUACCACAGCCAUUGCUGAGGCCUGGGCUCGACUGGACCACAAGUUUGAUUUGAUGUACGCUAAGCGUGCCUUUGUGCACUGGUAUGUGGGAGAGGGAAUGGAGGAAGGAGAGUUCUCUGAGGCCCGUGAAGACAUGGCUGCCCUGGAGAAGGAUUAUGAAGAGGUUGGCACUGACAGUGUGGAGGGCGAGGGAGAAGGAGAGGAGGGAGAGGAGUAUUAAGAGAAGAAGAAAACUUAAGAAAAUAUUUUUUUUAUUUAUGCUGACAUAUAUUUUAAAUAAAAAAAAAUCUUUGAAUA